CCUUAGUCUGAGCAGAUAUAAAUGCCAAGCACACAGAACUUCAUGAGGUCCUUAAAAGGUAGGGUUUAUUUUCUGCUUCUCAAACAUAUGACUGUUCGUGAUUUGAAUAUUCAAAUGUGUAAACAUGCACUCCUUAGUUACGGCAUAAUUCCUCUGUGUGAAAUGUCAUAGCAGUGAUGGUAAGCCAGUUUACUUUUGUUUUGUUUUUUACGGUAAGUGUUUUAUGCAUAAUUAUCAUUGUGGUGGAUUGUGUUUUUCAAAAUGCUAUGGUAUAUAUUGCUGUCAAUAUAAAACCACACACUAACUUCAGCUAUGUUCUUCCUGGUUAAACAUUGCCUUUCACUAUUUGAAAAAAAUAAAUCCACAGGCAGGAUAUUUUUGUGUGUGAGCACACACUCACACGCAUGUGUGUGCACACACCUACACACACAAAGUUGGAUUUGAAGAGUAUUGUGAAAUAUUGACACAAAAGACCAUGUUUCUGGGGGGUCAUUUCCACUACCCUUUCUUUAAACAUAAUGAAUGAAUUGCAUUAAAGAGAACGGAGAAUGAGAAUGUACUCAUUUGCACAUUAAAAAAGUUAAUGUUUUAAGGGUUCAAGCAACAUUCCGACCUUCACGCUUUAUGCUAUAUCCAGAAUCAGUGACUGGCUUAAUCAAUGUUUAUGUGAGAAAUAACUUGCAUUUGUAUUAAAAAUUAGUUUAUUAUGCUUUCAUAUGCCACAAUGCAACGGACACAACUGACAUAUAUUGCAUUUUUUCCUUUUUGAAUUAAAUUUUGCUUCUAUGCAGUUGAAACUAUGCAGUUUUCCAGCUAUGCAGUGGCAAAACAAGUACAGCAUGUACAUGUCAAAACGAGCAGACAGGAGAGGGUAGACAAAAAUUGUAUUCACUAAUUAUCAUGAAUCUAACUUUAUAAUGAUUGAUGAUGGGUUUUUAUUAGUGAUAAAAAAAGAGUUAAGAUAAGUUAAGCUGUGUUAUCCUUUCUAUAGCAGGUGAUAGAUGAAAAAAAUAAACCAUAAAUAAUAUAAUGUGUGGCCUUGUUUGGCCACCUCAUACAGCCAGAAUAGCCAUGGUGGUGGAGUGGUUAGUGCUGCUGCUUGAAGGUUCCUAGUUGGGGCUUCUUUUUUUUUUCUUUUUUUUUUUUUUGAGUGGCACUACAUGCUCUCCCAGUGCCUGAGUGUUUUUUCUUUUUCUUUUUGUGAUUCAAUUCAAUUCAAGUUUUACACUAAUAAAGAGAAAUUUUUAGCAAUCAGAUGACCCCAAUGAGCAAGCAAAAAUGGGAACUCUAUUUAUCAACAUCAAAUAUUGAUAAACUAUAUUUAUCAGUAUCAAAGCUUUAUCAUAAGUUUUAAGUCUAAUCAUCAAAGUAGAGAGGGUGUCUGCCUCCCGAAACCAAAUUGGGAGCUGGUUCAACAGAAAAGAGGCCUGAAAGCUGAAGUGUCUGCCUCCCAUUCUACUUUUACCAACCAACUGAAACCAACUUCUACCAGUUUACUGUGAAAGGACAGAGGUUUUCACAAUGCACAUGUUGAAACCACCAGAAAAAAAGCAGCUGGCCCUUCAGCUUAAUCAGCUCCAGUCAAUGUUAACAGGUGACAGGCACACUCAUAUAACAGAGCUACAGUCACCAGUCAGAUUGAAACAGCAACAAUAGCAAAGUGUGACCACAGGAUGGCGGUAAUGUAAUGUAAUGCAAUGUAUGCUAUGAAAGGAGGGACUUUGGUAAGUCUUUAUUUAUGUCUGUUUUUAGAUAUGACAAGGUAAGUACUGCUUGCCAUGGUUGUCCUGAAAAGUGUAUAAUAUAAUGAGAAUUCAUUAUAUCCACAAACUAAGACAGAUGUAUCUACAUGUUGUGUCACUGUUUCUCCUUCAGGUGGCCAGAAUGCACAGAAAUCCACAUUUUACCUUUAAUCCAAAGGAAGGGAUUGACAACCCAGCUCUGGUCAUGACUGAUGAUCCUGCCAGAUCCAAGCGUGGUGCCGAGACUGUGCCACCUGAAGCGUUCAGAGGGCCAAAGCUUUGGCUUUCAUCUGUGUAUGUACAGCCAGGGUUUUGAGAUCACAGAUCUGGAUCCAUGGAGUCCUGCAGAGCACAGUGGCCUCAAGGAUGGAGAUCGAGUACUGGAGGUGAAUGAGGAAUAUGUGGUCAACAUGGAUUUUAGCAGGGUUGUGAGACAGAUCCAGUCAUGUGGCUUACACCUAUUUCUUCUGGUGCUGAAGAGGGAAGAGUAUGAAUGGGCAGUGUCUAUGGGCGUGGACCUAAAAUUCCUGGCCAAUGCCACCAAAGGGGAUCGCUGGUCUCGACCCAGGCUAUGUCACAUCCAAAAACAGCCAAAGCAUGGCCUAGGAAUGACUAUUGUCUCAGUCGAUGGUGAAAAGAAUCAAUAUAUGGUGAGAACAGUUAUUGAUGGUCCAGCAGAGAAAGCGGGUAUCUUCAGUGGUGACAGACUGAUCUGGAUUAAUGGACUGAUGGUGUCCACUCUCAGAUACUCAGCUCUCAUCAGAACUGUGAAGAAGAGUGGGGAUUCAGUGACAGUGCUUGUUAUUGACAGUGACAGUGAGUCAUGCUAUAUCAGAAGGAAAAUUCCCAUCAUGCCUGUGGUGGCACAAAGCUGCAGCCUCCCCCACAAAGCUAAGACCAUGAAUCUGGUGAAGGGAAGUGAUGGAUAUGGCUUCCUGUUGAGACAAGAAAAGCUGGCAAGCACACAACAAAAAGUUCAUGUGCUGAGAGAAGUGGAUGUGGGGAGUCCAGCUCAGGGUGCAGGAAUGGAGGAUGGAGACCUGCUGCUUGCUGUCAAUGGGGAACCUAUUGAGUCCAUGGAGCAUGAAGACAUUGUUAGAAAGAUUAGACAGAGUGGGGAUAAAGUCUCGCUUACAGCUAUAUCUAUUCCAGGAAGAGACUUUUACAGAGAGUUAGGCAUUUCUCCUCUGUUAUUCCAUGAAGACUGUUCUCACCACUGCAUAAAGAACUGGGAGGACGCUCCUCUAAGAAAACCCACAAAGUAUAAUCAGGACAGAGAGGAGGCUGACUCUGGUUUCUACUCAGGUUAUGUCGCAGAAAUGCCAGAAACCGUAAGGAUACAGGACCCUACUGGCCACAGUGAAUGCUGCAUGGAAUCUAGUUACUUCACAAGAGAACUCUCUGAAGAUUUAGGUCCAUUGACCAAGAUUUCUGAGAGAACACAUUAUGUUUACUUGUGAUGGAAAUGAACAAAAAUAGAAGUGACCAAGGCCAUCCUGUGGACAGAGCUUAACUUUGAAAAAAGUAAAGAUUUAACAGCUGAUGAAGAUGUGACUGAAGACAAUGUCUUCGUCUGGAUUCAGGCCUGCUUGGUUAUGGGCAGCCUCCCUUUUGAUUUGAUCAUAUAAUGUGAUUUUUGGACACUGAACACCAGAUUUGCAACAAAACAGCAGUAUUUUACAUCCUUGUAGUUAUAAAAUCACAAAUUACUCAUCUCCUGUGUAGUAAUGGUGUCAUCAUGUUUACUGAAAACUGAAUAAUUACUUCGCUGCAAUUGUCACACUUGGCAAAGCUGAGUGGACCAAACUGCAUCCACUUCUGACCUGCAGGCCCAUUCUUUUUAAAUCCCCAUGCUGUGCUAUCUAUAUAAUAUGACAAACUUUAGAAUGCACCGUGGAUGGAUAUACUCCUAGAUAUUUCAUAUACGAUCUCAAAAUAUAUUAUUGUACUGUGUGCCAUUGGUGCAUAGAGAUUCUGUAUUUUAUUCAUUCAGUCCACAGGUUUUUGUUUUGUCACCUCAGUUAAUUCGAGUCACAAAACCCCCUGAAUGUUUUUGUGGUGCUGUUGCCUUCUUUGUGUGCAAAUAUCUAAUAAAAGAUCUAAUAAAUAAUAACUUAAGUAGGUUAAAUUCACAGUUACCUACUUUACUUGAGCUUCCCUUUUUACAUCGCUCUCUAUUGUUGCUUCACAAUGCUUUAUAUUUUACUUCAUUAUCUGACAGUUUAUACUACUUUUGGACCUUUGUAUAUAAAAAAAUAAGUCACCCAGUUGUGCAUAGUACAACUAAAAGUAUUAAUUAGUUAAUCAAUUUUUGAUUUGCUUUUUGUUUUUGUUUUUAGACAAAAACAAAGGACUAGAUUGAGAGACUGCAUCUUAGCUCAUACAAAUGCCCUCAAAACUGAAAAUGAAACCAUAUGGUAUGGUCAUUUUCUUUUGUUUUAUUUCAUUAUUAUUUAUUAUUAACAAUAAUUAUUAUUACAUUUAUUGACUCUGGGUUCCAUCCUUAGACGGGAAGGGAUUGCUUUUCAUUGUUAUGCUGAUGAAUGCCAAAUUUAUUUGCCACUAAAGCAGAAGGAUGGCAUCGCCAUCAAACCUCUUUUGGCAUGUCUAGAUGACAUUAAAGUGUGGUUGGCUUUAAACUUUAAAAUUUUAAUGAAAAGAAAACAGAGGUGUUGGUGUUUGGACCUAGUGGGCACUGUGAGUCCUCUGUUGAUUUGGGACCCCUGGAAGUUUAUUUUAAACCUGUUAUUACUGAACCUUGGUUUUAAAUUGGACAGCCAAAUUAGAGCAGUGGUGAAGUCCAGUUUUUAUCAUUUAAGGCAACUGGCAAGAGUGAAAUCUUUUCUUUCAAGGCACCUCGAAACAGUCAUCCAUGCUUUUAUUUCUUCCCGUCUGGAGGCAGUCUCUCUUCAGCGGAAGGAAAAAAUGAUAUGGUUUGAAAAUGCCAUGUCACUGCUUUCCUCAUCCCUUGCACAGAUCAAUCCACAUGUUCAUAGCAUGCCUUUUUUUCUCUGAAAUAUGCUGAGCAAACCUGUAUUGUUGACAUUUCUUAUAUGUCAAUCAGCGUAUCACCACUGAUUUAGUGAGUAAAUGUUUAUUCUCAUUCAAACUGUUUUUGUGCCUUCUUGCAGUUUAGCACUUUAUAAAGUUGCUAGCUAGCCAGUGCUGCCUCUCGGCUCAUGUUGGUUAAAAAAUUAACCCCACCGCUUUAAAAACCUUAUAUAAAAGACUGAGCAAAUUUACUGUUGCUCAUUUGGCUCUGACAUCCCACCUGAUGAAGACCCUGGAGCGGUUGGUCCUGGCUCAGCUU